UUUAUCUCGUAUACUGAUUCAAAAAAAAAUCGGUGGGCAAAUAUUUACUAUCGCAACAAGAUUUUCAAUUUCUUGGUGUGUGUGCGUGUGUGUGUGUAUGGAGUCGGCAAAACAACAAAGCUCGGAGACUUCAAGUACUGAAGAAAAUUAUGAUCGUCAAGAACAAGUCAAAGAGGACUUAUCAAGCCGGACAACAAUCUCUGCUAAACGCUCAUAUGAAUGUUCUUUUUGCAAGAGAGGCUUCACCAACGCGCAGGCCUUAGGGGGGCACAUGAACAUACACCGCAAAGAUCGAGCUAAUCGAACCAAAGACAAGCAACUUGCAAAUUCUUCGUCAGUAUCAAGCAAAGCCAGCGAGGAAAUCAAGAAUCCUAGAUAUAUGGUACCAAAUUCAAGUGAACCCACGAAGUACUAUCCGGUUUCGGAGGCUCAAGGGAAUUAUGGAAUGUAUUUUCAGCAACCAGGAUCUAGCCCUAGAGACCCAUAUAGUUACAAACAUGACAGUCAUGAUUUUCUUGUGCCGAGAUCUGAUCAAUCCUUGAGCAUGAAUGAUGAGCUUUGGGGUACAAGUAUAGGCUUGCAAAUUGGAUCUUCCAAUAUACAAGAUAACGGAGGGAAUAGGAGGGUUUCUGACGAUGAUGAAGUCGAUUUGGAGCUUAGACUUGGCCAUGACCGCUAAUGAGUCACACGGGUAAAUCUCUCUUUAAAGAAUGAAGAAAAUGUCUUGUACAAAGGUUACGUACUUAUUUGCUGGUACUGUUUGAUAGGGAAGGGUAUUUGUGGAUUCCAUGAAGA